AGAGGUCUGAACCAUUAAGAGCUAGUAUAUUGCUUAACUAUUCAGAGGCAAAUAAAUUUUCCCAAGGAAACGGUUUUGAGAGGAGGGAUCGAGGGGAUAGGGCAGGGUCAGGGUUUUUCUCCGAUUCCCAAUCUCGCGCCGACGGGUCUGAUAAUUGGGGGGCGAAUAAAGCUUUUGUCCCCUCCGAUGGUGGUCGCAGGGGGUUUGAGAGGAGAGGGGGGUUCGAAUCAAUCGGCGGUGGUGCUGAUUCAGAUAUCUGGACAAGGAAGAAGGAAGACGAAUCGCGGAAAUUUGGCUCGGAUUCAGAGGGUUGGGGGAGAAAGAGGGAGGAAGGAAGCCUCAACAAUGGAAGACCAAGGCUGAAUUUGAAGCCAAGGACCAUUCCUCUAGGUGAAGGGCAGAUGAAUGGGAACGGUAGUCCAGGGAAACCAAAAGGUUCCAACCCAUUUGGGGAAGCUAGGCCAAGAGAAGAGGUUCUGAAGGAGAAAGGGCAGGAUUGGAAGGAGAUUGAGCAAAAGCUCGAGUCUAUGAAGAUGAAGGAUGUCGGGAAGAAGAGCUUUGGGAGCAGCAAUGGACGAACUUCACCUGAAGACAUCACAGAAAGGAGUUGGAGGAAGCUUGAAGAGAACGAUUCCAGUGCUGAGAAACGGGAUGGACGCGGUGAAGAAGAAUGUAGCAAUGGAGAAUGUAAUGAAGAUGCGGAACCCCUUCAGGAGGAGAAAUAAUGCUGCACUUCUUCUGCAGAAAGAGUUUUGACAUACCAAAUGGCUAUAUGAGGAGAAAUCACCACACUUUCUUUGUACCCUUUUUUUUUUCUUCUGGCUAAUAAGCUGUAUGUUUCAUUAUGCCAUAAUUUAUUUCAUGUAAACUGAAAGUCUGAAGCAAUUUUUGGUAG